AAAGGUUCGCUUGUUUACUCCAGGCAAGCAACUAUUGACUAUAAAUAAUGGUAUGCGAUAUAAACAAUCAGAUUCAGUGAAAGCGCUUCUAGAUGUAUAUUACAGAGAGUUUUAUUGUUCUUCUAAAAUAUAAUAAAAUCUUUAGCCUGUAAAAAAUCAAGUUAAAAAUGCCGAAAGUGCCAUCAGUAGGUAUUGAUCUUGGGACAACCUACUCCUGUGUUGGUGUGUUUCAACAUGGAAAAGUUGAGAUCAUUGCAAAUGAUCAAGGCAACAGAACAACACCUAGUUACGUAGCCUUUACUGACACAGAACGUCUUGUUGGAGACGCUGCAAAAAACCAGGCUGCUAUGAACCCAAGUAAUACAAUUUAUGAUGCCAAAAGACUGAUUGGUCGAAAGUUUAGCGACAAGACAGUUCAGAAUGAUAUGAAGCAUUGGCCUUUUCAAGUUGUCGAAGUUGAUGGCCGACCUAAGAUCAAGGCAGAGUACAGAGGAGAACAGAAACUGUUUGCCCCUGAAGAGAUCAGCUCAAUGGUACUUACAAAGAUGAAGGAAACAGCUGAAGCUUAUCUCGGCCAGAAAGUCAAAGAUGUAGUGAUUACUGUUCCUGCAUAUUUUAAUGAUUCACAGAGACAAGCAACUAAAGACGCUGGUGCAAUAGCUGGUCUAAAUGUGCUGAGAAUCAUCAAUGAACCAACAGCUGCUGCCUUGGCAUAUGGACUGGAUAAGGGUCAAAGAGGUGAAAAACAUGUUUUGAUUUUCGAUCUUGGAGGUGGAACUUUUGACGUCAGUAUCCUUACAAUAGAUGAAGGUUCAAUGUUUGAAGUGAAAGCUACUGCAGGAGAUACUCAUUUAGGUGGUGAGGACUUUGAUAACAGAAUGGUUGCUCACUUUGUGCAAGAGUUUAAGAGAAAGUUCAAUAAAGAUAUGAGCUCUAAUCCCAGAUCUAUUAGACGCCUUCAAACAGCAUGUGAACGGGCUAAAAGAACUCUUUCCAGUUCUACUGAAGCUUCCAUUGAAAUUGACUCGCUGUUUGACGGUAUUGAUUUCUACACCAAAAUUACAAGAGCUAGAUUUGAAGAGCUUUGUGGAGAUUUGUUUCGAUCAACGCUUCAACCUGUAGAAACUGCUCUUCGUGAUGCUAAGCUGGAUAAAAGCAAAAUUGAUGAAGUUGUUCUUGUUGGGGGAUCAACUCGUAUUCCUAAGGUACAGAAACUUUUGACCGAAUUCUUCAAUGGUAAAGAGUUGAACAAAUCCAUCAACCCAGACGAAGCUGUAGCUUAUGGUGCUGCAAUACAAGCUGCUGUACUGACUGGGGAUACUAGUGACACCAUCAAAGAUGUCCUCUUAGUGGAUGUUGCACCCUUGUCACUUGGCAUUGAGACAGCUGGUGGGGUUAUGACUCCACUUGUUAAAAGAGGUACCACAAUACCCACCAAGACCUCCCAGACAUUCACCACUUACUCUGACAAUCAAUCAGGUGUUGACAUUCAGGUUUAUGAAGGGGAACGUGCUAUGACCAAGGACAACAACUUGUUGGGUAAGUUUCACUUAACAGGAAUUCCGCCAGCUCCUCGUGGUGUGCCUCAAAUAGAGGUGACAUUUGAUAUUGAUGCUAAUGGCAUUUUGAAUGUUACAGCACAGGACAAAAGCACUGGAAAGUCAAGCAAUAUUACAAUCAAGAAUGAAAGAGGCCGACUUAGCCAGGCAGACAUUGACAGAAUGCUGUCAGAAGCUGAAAAGUACAAGGAGGAGGAUCAAAAACAGCAGGAGCGGGUCAUGGCUAGAAAUCAUCUGGAGGGUUAUGUGUUUAGUGUGAAACAAGCCGUAGAUGCUGCUGGUGAAAAGCUCACCACUUCUGACAAGGAAACAGUUUUGAGUGCAUGUGAAACUACAUUAAAAUGGCUGGAAAGUAACUCUCUUGCAGAAAAGGAGGAAUAUGAAGAUAAGCUAAAAGAAAUUCAAAAAAUAAGUUCUUCGGUGAUGUCGAAAUUGCACUCUCAAGGGCAUAGUGGCCCCUCACCCAGUGGCCAGCAUCAUAAUGGACCAACUGUUGAAGAAGUAGAUUAGAAAAUAUAUGCAUUAUAUCGGUUCAGUUUGGUGAAAAUCAUGUUGCAUCCUUUUUUCGUUUGUCUUGGCUUACAACUUUGAUCAUUACUCUAUGCAUUUAUAAUGUAUUGUAUUAACUUUUGGGGGGUGUGGUGGCUGAGUGGUAAAGUGCUUGGCUUCUGAACAGAGAGGUCCCGGGUUUAUAUCUUGGUGAAGACCGGAAUUUUAAGGCCACACAUGAGUCCACCCAACUCUAAUAUGUACCUGAAUUUAGUUGGGGAAAGUAAAGGUGGUUGGUCGUUGUGCUAGCCACAUGAAAUCCUGCUCAUUAUUCAUUGACCAAAGAAACAGAGUCAUUUACAUCAUCUACCCCAUAGAUUGCAAGGUCUUAAAGGGGUGAGUCUAUUUGCAUAUUAACUUUCACAAUUAGACUUUCAAGUAAUAUUGAAAAUAUUUUUUAAAAAUUUAUAAAAUGAACAUUCUUCAUUGUUUUACAGUAUUACUUAAGUAUAAAUGCAUUGUAUUAUUGAGAAAACAUUUGCACUUUCCACUUUUUAGUUGUUGUUUUUAAGAGUUUCUUGUUAAUUUAAUAUUCUUACAACAAAUUGAUGAAACAGUUGUAUAUAUAUUUCACUUUUUGUUUUUGUAAAUGAUGAAAAUAAACAAGUUGUUUUAUUUA